AUGGAGGCAGCUUCAGCCUCCACAUCCACACAGGCUUCCACGUCGCAAGCUGAGCCGCCGAAUCAAGCGCAUGCAACGACCGUGACAGGCAACGGCAGCGCAGUGACCGAGGACGAAGCGGCACUCUACGAUCGACAGAUCCGUCUCUGGGGCUUGGCCGCACAGAACCGCCUCCGCUCUGCACACAUCCUCAUUGUCGGCUGGAACGGUAUCGCCACAGAGAUCAUCAAGAACACCGUCCUCUCCGGUAUUGGCAGCAUCACGGUACUCGACCCAACUGUGAUUGAUGGAUCGGUGGAUUUACUCUCCGGCUUCUUCUUCCGCGACGAAGAAGUUGGGGAGCUCAAGUGCAGUCAAGCGCCUCUAGACCGAGUGCGAGCGCUGAACCCGCUUGUCAAAGUUCAUGGUCUUAGCGAUGUGCAGAGCUACGAGGCGUUGUUGAAGGGAGGAGACGAGGCACAGGCGUGGCUCAAGGAGCGAGGUGUGGACGUCGUCGUUGCGGGUACGCCGCUGCCAGAGACACAAGCGGGGGAUAGCGGGUUACGGGAAAAGUUAGUCAAGCUCAACGGAACGGCAAGAGCGGCGGGGAUCAAGUUCUUUUUCUCGGCAACACAGGGGUUCGGUGGAUUCUACUUUGCCGAUCAGAUCACGCAUGACUACAUCAUCGAACGCAGUCUUCCCCCCGCUGCGUCUUCCGUCGGCUCCAACAAACCGAGCACGGACGCUUCCGAAACCACAACAGAAACGCAGCGGGUGAAGCAACGCCAGACAUUCGUGCCACUCUCAGAAUCGCUCGCGCAGCAAUGGACAGGGCUUACCGAGCGGCAGCAGCGCCGCACUCGCAUCCCGCUCGACUGGUUCAUCUGGCUCUCGCUUACCGACCUCCAAACGCGUCUCUCGCACAACAGCACCGACACGUCGGUCAGCGCCUCGGCGCUCAAGGACCGAACGACAGCCCUGAUUCGCGAGAAGGGUCUGAACCCGGCGACAGUCUUUUCGCAGUUUGCCGGCGGCGCGAGUGGCGGCGACGCGGUGGAUCGGAUAUUUGGCAGCGUCGUGUCGCUCGGCGGCAGCGGGGUGGCGCUGGCUCCGGUGGCCUCGGUCGUCGGGGGCGUGCUCAGCCAGGACAUCCUCAACUCGAUCGGCGGCCGCGAGCAACCCGUGGUCAACUGGCUGUUUCUGAGCAUCGACGCUUCCGGCGCCACAAGCGUUCAUAAGAUCGGCGCCCUGCCCAAUCCCAUCACAGUCGAUUAG